CUUUUUAACUUUCUGUCUUAAUCAGAUCAUCAACUUUUCAUUGUCCUUUCUUUGUCAUUUUGCAUAUAAAUUUUCCCCCAAAGCUUCAUUUUCAUCUCCUCAGAAAGGUCGUUCUUCCCCCACUAGAGUUUGCUUUUGCUGCUAUAUAUUAUUGCGUCAUGGGCGGACUUAAAGAGGACCUAGCAUAUGACCCUCCCUGUCAUCCACGAGCAUGUGCCAUUCAAGCUUGCCUGACAAAGAACUCGUACCAGGAAGAGAAGUGCCAGUCGCAAAUCAAUGCCCUUUAUGAAUGCUGCAAUUCGUUCUACAAGGAGCAAGGCGACGAAGCGAAGACUCCCAGCUGUCCUAAGCCCAGUCUACUGCGACUGAAGAUGAAGCAACGAGGCCAGGAGUUCUAGGUUGAUCGCACUGCCGCGGUCAGGACUUCGUGCCGCCGGGUACUUUUGUAUAUACUCCCACACGGCAUUGCAGAUACGGAAUAGAGAGAGCAGAAAAUCCUUGACCAUCGUGACAGACUACUGUAAAGACACGAAAUCCCGGCCGAAAUUCGAAGCUGAAUGUGACAAUUCCUUUGCAGUCUGAGCUCUCAUGUGAAGUGAAGAGCUAGGCUAGUUGUAAGAACUGCCAGAUUGCUAUAAGACAAUCGUGAGCACGCUGAGAGGCCGAUUGACCUGGACGAAUAUUGAAAACUCUCGCCCCGAGACUCUAAUGACUGCCUAUA